GUUUACUGGAGCAUAACGUAUCGUCUGGUCCGAGGUUGGUCGUUCUGUGUUAUGUUGAGGGUUUAGAACCUCACCUAUCAGUGGGUGAUUCGGCGACACACUGAGUACGUACUGUGUUUUACAGGUUGUCGGAGUGUGGUUAGACCAUGACUGAAAUGGAGGACCCUGUUGCGGUCCCCACCGUGAAGAUCCAGUCCGAGACCAGCGCACUGAUCCCGGGCCGUCUGCAGGGGCUGAAGGAGAAGGCUAAGAAAACGACACAGGACAUGGCAGAGAACACCCACACCUACAAGGGGCAGAAGACGAUGCACGAGGGUCUACAAAACACGGCCCUGGUCACCAGUAAUGUAGCACAGAUGAUAACUCUAGUGAAGGGCACAGCAGAGGCCGCACUCACCGGACCACAGAUCGCCAGAAUGGUACUUCUAGCAAUCUCCCUGUUCUUCCAAGGAAUCAUCUACAUCUUACUCCUGCUGCAAGGCAAGACGCGUGUGAGGAAGAAGGAGGAGUACGCCGUGGCGGAACACAGGAACCAGGAGAAGAAGAAGCUGAGGAACACCAAUAAGGUGGCGAUGGCUUUCACGGGACUAGUGUUAGUCAUUAACUUCGCUAUAACACAACUGGAGUGAGCUAGAUACAGCUAGCCGAGGUAAUAAGGGCAUUGAAAAAUGGAUUGAAAUACAAGAGACAAUAUACAAUGAUUACAUGGGCAUAGAGAUUGAGGUUAAGUGCUUUCUACAUCUUUUUGUGUACAGGGGUGGUGCCCAUCUUAGGUUU